AUGGAAAGCCCAACAGUGGAUGAGGUAGAAGAACGCAGCAAUUCCAACAAGGUCAAGAGAAGAAAGAGGAAGCCAAAUUUGGUGGAUGAAGAAGAAGAUGAAGAGAAGGAUGCCAAGAAGAAGAAGAAGUUAGCAGAGAAGAAAAGAUCACUUCUUUCUGCUACUUAUUUCAAUAAGUUAGAUGAGGCUUACAAGAGGAAAACAGAAGAUAACACAUGGAAGCCACCAAAAUCUGAAUUUGGGUUCUUGCACAAACAUGCACACGACCCUUGGAGAAUUUUGGUCAUUUGUAUGCUCAUUAAUCGCACUGCUGGUACUCGGGCUGAAAAAGUAGUAACAGACCUCUUCACUCUGUGUCCUGAUGCAAAGGCUGCAACUGAGGUGACUGAAGAGGAGAUUGAAAGAGCAAUAAAAAGUCUAGGCUUACAAAGGAGGAGAUCAAAGAUGAUACAGCGAUUCUCUCGAGAUUAUUUAGGGGAGGACUGGACGCAUGUGACACUCUUGCAUGGUGUUGGAAAGUAUGCUGCUGAUGCAUAUGCAAUAUUCUGCACAGGAAAGUGGGAACGGGUGAGACCGAACGAUCACAUGCUAAAUCAUUACUGGGAAUUUCUCCGUAGCACCAAGAACGCUUUGUCAUAG